AUGCCAGUGGUCGCGUCCGCAUCCGCAACCACAAUCACACUACAUCCAGGACCAACUUUACUCACGACAAGCUCCGUCACCCCUGACAGUCAAGCAAACACCUCACCUGCACCGCCCUCUUUGACUCAUGUUGUUGUUCUCGCAAUCGCGCUUUCAUUUACCCUUACUGGCCUUCUUGCAACGAUGACAUAUCUUGUGUGGAAACGUCGGGUGGGGAAGGCUAGACGUGACGAGAUGAUUGAGUCUCGCAGUGAAAUUCCACAUUGCCGAUCCCCCAGGCUACGCAAAUCACAGGCUAGAUUCGACAAGGCGGAGCUAGACGCUCGCUCAUGUGAGCUUCGGUCGCCGCUGAGCGACAAAGACGACGGUCGUGCCACCCGUUCUCCGGCAGAGCUGCCAGCCACGCCGGUUAGCAAAAAGCUGGAAGCCGCUUUGAGCAAAGAGACGAGAUGGUUCUGA